AUGUCAAGCAUGGAAGGUCGAGAUGUUUCUCGUGAACCGUGCCCCGAUCGCAUUGUGGAAGAUAUGGGAGGUGCCUUUGGUAUGGGAUGUGUAGGUGGUUUUCUUUGGCACUUCGUGAAAGGAGCUCGUAAUUCACCGAGAGGCGUCAUAUUCCAUAAUGCCUUUUACAGCGCUCGAGUUCGCUCUCCGGUUCUUGGUGGUAACUUCGCCGUUUGGGGAGGUACUUUCUCUACCUACGAUUGCACCUUCCAGUACAUGCGUGGUAAAGAAGAUCAUUGGAACGCUAUUGCAAGUGGAUUUGCAACUGGUGGCACGUUGGCAUUGCGAGGUGGCAUGGGCCACGCAGCGCGCAACGCGGUGAUUGGGGGAUUGUUGCUGAGUAUCAUUGAGGUUGUCUCUGUGGCUGUUAAUCGGCGUAUGACUCCAACUCCUAGACAACAAUUCGAGCGUCAGAUGGAAUAUGAGCAACAAAAUAAGUAUGUGGCAUUUGCCUGCAUUACAAUUGUUUGUAGGAAUGCUAGCGUUCCAGCUACGCAGUAG